AUGGUUAAACCUAUUAUACUCCUCAGGGCAGAGACCAAGCCUCUUGAGCACCGCUCCGCCUUGACGCCGUCAUCUAUUAAAGCUCUGAUCAGCGCAGGAUACACUGUGAAAUGCGAACGCUGUGACAAGAGAUGCUUCCGCAAUGAAGAGAUGGAGGUCGCUGGGGCAAUUCUAGUCCCCACAAACUUCUGGGUAGAAGCACCUCUUGACCACAUUAUUGUGGGCCUGAAGGAGUUGAUGCCUUCAGAUAACUUCGCCCUCGAGCAUGUUCAUUUGCAUUUCGCGCAUGUCUUCAAGGAGCAACAAGACUGGACCAAGGUCUUGCUUCGCUUUGCCCGUGGAGGUGGCUCUCUGCUGGAUAUCGAAUUCCUUAAAGAUCAUGUUGUUAGAGAUCGCCUUUUGGCUCCCACUAGCUUCUAUGCUGGAUUUUGCGGAGCUAUUCUGGCUAUACAAGCGUGGACUCACCAAAUUUUGCAUCCGGAAGAACCAGAGCUUGCAGAAAUUCUGCCAUAUGAAAGCGAGUGCAAAGCAGUCGAAGACACCAUUUCCCACUUACUGGAUGGAGUCAAGGCUAUUGGCCGUCCACCAACAAUCAUGAUUGUGGGAGCCCUCGGAAAGUGUGGCUUAGGAGCUGUGGACCUAUGCCAACGUCUUGGGUUAGACUCCCAAAGCAUCCUUCAGUGUGGCCGAGUAGAGACCUCGAAGCCGAUAUUUGCCAAGCAAGUGCUGCAAGCCGACAUACUCAUCAACUGCAUCUAUCUUGUUCAAGGCAUCGAACCAUUUGUCACAAUGGAUGCAUGUCGAGAAUUCAAUCGGCGUCUGUCCGUUAUUUCCGAUGUGAGCUGUGACAGCGAAGACCCUGGUAAUCCCAUUGCCAUUUACUCUGGCCGUAGCACUUUCAAGCGGCCGAGUAUUAUCGUUCCUACCAGUGAAGGUCCUACGUUGAGUGUCAUCUCGAUCGAUCACCUCCCGAGUCUAAUUCCCAGAGAUGCGAGUGAAUAUUGCGCAAACCAGUUAUUGCCCAGCCUCCUCAAACUCGACGAGUGGCAAACAGCAGAUGAAUGGAGAAUGGCUCGAGAGCUGUUCGAGAAAAAACUCAAAAAAGCAGUGGAGGUGGAAAAACAAGCACCAGGAGGGUUUUCGCAGCUUGCACCAGACUCGAACCCAUCUCCAGAUCUUUUCAUCGGGAGUAGCAGUGUGUCUGUUGGUGACCAGUCAAGCACUUCAAGUGUAUCAUCUCUGAUGUCAAAAUCGAGCGUAAAGCCUGACGAGUUGCACAAUUCACCACUCGAAAUUGAGAAAACCGUUAGCCCUCCACUUGAUACUCUUGACCCUUGGACGUCAUGUUUCAAAGAUGACUUUGAUACCGAAGCUGUCCAUGCAGGCCACAGAAAACAUGACCUAGCAACAGGCGCAGUAUCCAUGCCCAUCACCAUGUCAUCAACGUACGCGCAAGCGGCCGCUGACACGGUAGGAGAGUACGUGUACUCCCGCAAGGCAAAUCCAAACCGGAGUGAUUUCGAAAGAUCCGUGGCGGCACUUGAACAAGCCAAAUACGGACUUGCAUUUGCUUCCGGCUCGGCGGCUAUCGCAAUGGUUGUCCAUAUGCUCGAGCCAUACAGUAACAUUAUCGCCAUUGCAGAUACGUAUGCCGGUGAGUACUUUAGAGCUUGCUACAAUGCGACGACGAAAUAUGCUGAUACGAGUAUUUUGCGAGUAGGAACUCAGCGGACCUUCACGGUCAUGGCCAAGUCACUCUGCAUCUCAACCACUUAUGUUGAGGGCAAAGACCUCUCCACAGACCUUGGAAAUUAUGUCACCGCGCGAACCAAAAUGAUUUGGAUAGAGUCGCCCAGCAAUCCGUUGCUUCAGAUUGUCGACGUCCGGGCAAUCGCUACCCAAGCCCAUCGUAUGGGUAUCCUAGUGGUAGUCGACAAUACUCUGGCGUCCCCUUUCAUCUUCAACCCUCUAGUACACGGAGCAGAUAUCACAGUGCAUUCGGCUACUAAGCAUCUGGCCGGCCACAAUGACGUGGUUCUAGGUGUCCUGGCUACCAAUUCCAAGGAGAUGCGCGACCGCCUGGCAUUCCUGCAGAACGCCAUCGGUGCUGUUCCUUCGCCAUUUGACUGCUGGCUUGCAUCUAGAGGCCUCCGAACCUUCCACCUACGCAUCAACCGAGCUAACAGCAAUGCACAAGCCAUAGCGGAGGCACUGAAGAGCUCACCUCAUGUCAUCGAAGUGAUGUAUCCAGGGCUGGAAUCACACCCCAGACGCGAGAUAGUCAAGAAACAGCACAACCAUGGUGGUGCUGGAGGUGGUCUAGUUUCUUUCCGAAUCAAGGGAGGUUUCAAAGCCGCGGAACACUUCUGUCGGUCCUUGCGCUUGUUCACUCUCGCCGAAAGCUUUGGGAGCGUACAGAGUCUUUGCGAAGUGCCAGGCCCCAUGACACAUAAGCUUCUGACACCUGAGCAGAGGGCAGCAAUUGGUGUUUAUGACGAUCUGGUGAGACUUAGUGUGGGGGUUGAGGCUCCUAACGAUCUCAUCGAGGAUGUUCUCCAGGGGCUGCAGACAGCACGUGCUAGAUAA